GGUAAACGUUGAAAAGAGACCAAAGCGCGAUCCAUGAGCAGUCUCUUAACAGUCUUUCGUGAGAUUUCUACCGUGAUGGAUCGUUGGGAAGGAAAAGUCGCUUUAGUCACCGGAGCGAGCUCCGGGAUAGGCGAGCAAAUUGUGAGAGCGCUUGCGAAGAAUGGAAUGAAAGUAAUCGCCGUCGCGAGAAGACUGGAAAAGCUGAAGGAAUUGGCGGCGAGUAUCAAAAGUGAAUUUAAUGGCGAAGUCUAUCCGAUGACAUGCGAUGUCCGACAAGAAGAGGAAAUUCUCAAGGUGUUCAAACGGGCAGAGGAAGAAUUGGGUGGUGUUGAUGUGUUGAUCAAUAACGCUGGCGUACUCUCUAACGAGCCGAUUAUAGAGGGAUCAACAGAGACUUACCGCAAAAUUAUGGAUGUAAAUGUGAUUGCGAUGGCGAUCUGUUCGCGAGAAUUGGUACAAUCUGUCAAAAAGCGCAAGGCUGCAGGUCAUAUCAUUAAUAUUAACAGUAUAGCUGGCCAUUAUGCAGAGACCAUCAAUAUGGCAGUAAGUUUAUAUUGCGCCAGUAAAUAUGCUGUCACUGGAAUGUCAACGAGUCUACGCAAUGAAAUAACAAACGCAAAGCUUGAUAUAAAAGUCACGAGCAUCAGUCCUGGCAUGGUAAACACGGAGAUGUUAAAAACCGCCUUUGGCGAGCUUGGCUUAAGUGAAAAUUUGGAAGGCAUACCGAUACUGGAGAGCACUGAUAUCGCAGAUGCAGUGAUUUAUAGUUUAAAUGUGCCGCACCGUGUGCAGAUAUGUGAAGUCGUGAUAACUCCACACGAAGCUUUAGCUACGAAGAAUCCAAGACCAUACGGAAAAUAAUAGCACGUAUGCUGCAUUAAACCUGGCCUCUUUCUGAAGUUUUCAACGGUCACGCUUUCCUGUAAAACAGAUGGAAUUAAAAGAAGAUUCAAAUAUUAUUUAACUUCCUGGGAAAUAAAAAAAAUGAGUAAUAGAAAAGAAAUAGAAACAGAAAUACUUUUAUAUUCACAUGUAAAUUUUUUCACAAUCGCGAUACUAAGUUUCAUAUCGCUAUAGAAAAUUUGUAAGAAUACAAGGUAGAAUAUUUUGUAGUCAUUAUUUUAAUGUUAAAUAAAAUAACUGUAUUUCUCAGCAAUGUUUACUUACCAAUAUAUAACUGCAUUUGAAAAAUAUGAAAUAUAAAAUUACAAAACAAAACUGGAACAAAUCAUAUUUCCCAAAGAUUAUUUAUAGAAUCAAGUUGAUCUUGUCUGCAAAAAAAAUAAAACUUGGUAAAUUAUGCUGA